ACAAGAAUGGUUCUUUAUUUAACAGUAUUGAAAUUUAAUUCUGCCAAUUCUAGUGAAAAAUGAGUGGGAAUAUUGAAUUCUUUUCCCCAUCGUGGACCCCCAAACGCCUUGAUCAUCAGCUGUUUUGUAUAGUAAAGGAAUUGGAUCAAUUUUGUGAAGAAAAAGAAAUCCAACUAGAAUAUUUCACCAUGCAGGACCCACACUCUUUGGACUGUGAUGGCCACUUCAUGGAUUUGUCCAGUUCAAGUUUCAUGGGAUUUGAAGAUAAACUAUCAUCCCAUCCCGGGACCAGCACGGUCCAAUCAGUUAGUCAGUCAAUGGCAACCCAGACCACAACACAACUGGUAAUGUCCUCAGACCAACAUAAAAGUGAGGGGUCAAAGAGGAAGAACAAGUACAAUUGGAAUUAUUUCAACUUCUAUAACUCACCCAUAAUUCCAGAAACUAUUGAAGACGAGGAUUCCAAAGUCAUUACGAAUGAUUCCACUGAACCAACAAUACCUGUAGCACCUGUGCCCCCACCAGUGAAUGAAGUUACACCUGUGACAUCUACAGCAGGUACCAGACAAAAAACUAAGCCAGGGAGCAGCCUAUCUGCUGAGGUUACCAGACAACAGCUUACCGGUGCCAAAAUCUCCAACCUGACAGAUCUACUGAACUCCAGUGAGGUGAACAGAUACUUUGACUCAGGAAAAUUCGAAUCCUCUCCCCUAAAGAAAUCAAAUUCACUGUCAGAUAUACAGGUAUUAAGUGAAAGUUUCCGUGGAAGGUCAGAGUCGGCUUCAUCCUCAGCCUCUCUCCCGCCCACGCCUAAUGGGUCUCCAAAAAUUCCCAGGCGAGCCGGCUCCCUUCAACAGCUAGACAGUCUACACAAAAACAAGAUGGAGGACAAUGUGUUUCAUAGCUCUGACCUGAACUCUCUAAUUGAGCGGGACGUACACCAAUUGUCUAUAGGAAGUCGGAAACACACAGAUUUCAGUGAGAGAAAUAAAUUCAUGGAAUCUCAUUCAUUUGACCAUAGUGAAAGUAAAAGUAACAGUAAAAAGACGGAGUCUCUGUUCCAGAAGAUUCAGAGCUGGAGUACGACGUCACAAAUCAAAGUCGCCAACAAGGAUGUUAAUGCAUGGGCACCAGGAGGGUUUUAAUAUUAUGUCAGUAAACUAUUUGAUUUAUUUUGAAUUUCUUUUUUAUCAUGAUGUACAGUAAUGUUGUAUUUUUUGAAAGUUUUGACUUGAACAUUGUUUAUUAAUAUUACUCAUAUUAUGUUUUUCUUCAUUUUUUUUGGUGCAAGUUUGAUUACUGGUAUACAGACAUAUGUACAAGAUCAUUUAAUGUUGUUUGUGCAUAUACUUUGAUAAAUACAUUAUAAAUUUUUAAAUCCAAAAUUUGUGCCAUUUCCUUUAUUUAAGUUAUAUGAUAUUCAUAGAUAUUUGAAUUGUUUUUGAUC